AUGACGGACAAGGUGUGCCGCAUGGUGGAAAACAUGGUAUACGAGUUUAAUGACCUGAAGAGAAAGGAAUUAUUCACAGACAAGGAAAUCAUAGCAAUUGCAAACAAAAGGAGGAACCACGAAUACACAAUUAACAGCUCAUCGUGCAUACUACUCAACUUCAUUUUAUACAUCGAAUUCGAAAUGAACUUGGAACAAAUAAGAGAAAAAAGAAAAUUAAAAAAAAAAAAUGAUAUGCUAAAUGAAAUUAAUGAAUAUAACAAAUUACUAAAAAGUCAAUACGAGGAAUAUAAAAAUGUGAAGACCAAAAUAGAAAGUGAAAAAUGCCCCCAAAAGAGCAAGUCCUUGAAAAAGUUACUAAAUAAAAAUGAACACAGCAUUAACUCUUGUAAGAAGAACAUUUUAAAAGUGGAAAAUAAAUUACAAGUAUUGAUACGACAUAGCUUAUCAGAUUAUUCACUUGUAAAAAGAAUAAUUAACAUUUUCCAAACGUGCCUGAGGAAACAUCAUAAUAACAUAGAAAUGUGGCUACACUAUUUCAACUUUUGCUUUUUAAAACGCAAAAUGGAAAAUUUGGAAACUGCCAUAUUGAACAGCCUAAAGUAUCAUAUAAAAAAUGAACUCAUAUGGGUCUUCUACCUGCACUAUUUUUAUAACAUUAGAAAGAAUAUUCAAUACACGAGAAAGCUAUAUAUAAGGGCCAUUUUAUUCAUACCCAAAAGUUUAGCCCUAAACGUUUUAUACUUCAACAUAGAAUUUGAUAUAUUCUACAGACUGCUAAAAAAUUUUAAACAAAAAGUAGACAAUGCUGCUAAUGGGCUUUGUAACCAAUUUGUGGACUUUUGCAAAAGUAGUGCAAAGGAACAAGACACCAAUGAUAAUUCACAUAACCAAACGAAGGAAGACAUACUCAAACAAGAUAUUGAUCAAGGCGAUUACAAAACUAUUAGGGAUGAAGAUAAAUAUGGCCUAGAUGUAAUCAUUUUCCUGGGGAAGAAAUAUUUAAAAACGUUUCAAAAUGAUAAGAGCCAUCUUUAUAUUUUCAUUUUCCUACUUUUAAAUAUUUAUUUAAAAAUGGAAAAAAACAAAUGGGUAAAGAAUUAUGUUCUUGGGUUCGAUAAUUUUAAAGACAUAAUCUUUAACUCCAUAGAAAUGUAUAAGGAAGAGCAGCCCUGUUUCUUCUACUACCUGUUUGUGUCCAAAUGUGUUGCUUCAGCACGUUGUGACCUUUCGGAGGACAAAGGUUUCCAGCUUUUAAAAAAUUCCUUUUACCAAAAUGGUGGCGAUCAAUCGAAGCUACAAAAAUAUUUCGACGUGGCGCAAGUAAACCGCAUGUUACAUGAACUGCUGGAUACCUUCCACAAAGAUCUUAUGGUUUACUUCUUCUGUCUCCUACUUGGAAACCUAUUCGAGGUCUUUGUAGAGUACACUAAUGUGGAGGAUGUCUUCACCAUCGACAACUCUGCUGGAGCACAAUUGCCACUCUCAAGAGAACCUGAAAGUUCCCUCCAUAUGGAUCCCAUAAAGGGAGAGGUCCAGGCCAAUACUGAACCCAAUCUAGACAAACAAGCGGAAGAACAAAUCAACAACGACGAUGUGGGAAAAAAAAAAAGUAUCCUCUUCUACAUGAACAAACCCACCAUGACAAACCAUGAAGAAUUACAAAUUUUCCAAUUUUUAAAGGAAGAAAUUUUUCUGUGCGGUCCAUAUAACUUUAAAAAUGUUAAUGAAGAGUACCUCAAAGAAAAGGAUAGCAAUACUUACCAUUUUUUACACAAGCUUAACUUUGUGGCCUACGUUUGCCUCUUUGAAAAUACACACUCAGAUAUAAGUAAAAAUAAUUUCAUUUACAAUUAUGAGCAAACCAACAAAAACAGCGAACUCCUUUCAUCCAUCCUGUACUGGUUCCUAUUCGAUCCCAAAAAAAUCGAAGAGGGUGAUAUGCCCAAGAGGAAACACCAUUUGGAGCAGCCCAAUCAGGUGAAUGAAGCGCAGAAUAGUCUUAGCAAGAGGCGGAAGAAAGGGUUUACCCUCUUUAGUGCGCACCCCAAGCAUCUCGCCCAAACAUCCCACAAACGGGGACAACGAAAAGAUGCUAACAGUAUUUACGAAAGUGAUAGCGAUAAUAUGAGUGGAGAAGAAAGCGGCGAAGGUAGCAGUGAAGGUGACAGUGAAACAGACGACGACCGUCAUGAGCAGUGCAACCACAACGAAGGCAAAGGAAGGACUAAUGGAAGGGAAGACCCAAUCGAAGUAAAAACUCAACCCACACGCGGAGACAAAACAGCUACACAGAAAAUUUCCAUCAUUGAUGAACUGCUUUCUUUACUGAGCAAAGAAGUGGACGUCUUUGUGAAGAUAACCAUUUUGAAGUGUGUCCUAAAAUUAAUUAUAUUUUUAAACAAUAACAAAUUGAAGCGCCAUUUCAGCGCGAUCAUCUCGGAGGAGUAUGAAAUGGUAGAGAAAACUUCUCCCCAAAAAAACUUCCUCAAAGUGGAACUAGCCAAUUUGACCCAUUUGUAUAAAAAGGCGUACAGCGAUGAGUGUGCGGAGGUGUAA